CUUGUCACUUCCCUCCUCGUUCUUGCCAUCAAUGAGGCAUAAGGCAUUGUUUUACUCAGCAAAUGGCAUUAUCAAGCAAGUUGGAAUUGGAACCCACAUCCUUUUCUAUCGAUCCGAAGCUCCCAGAAAAUUGUACCUUCCCACCUUGCUAGUGAUACAGCUGAAUUCCAUUCUUUCUCUUUCAGCAUUUUCUUCUACUCCAAUUGCAUUAUAUAUUACACUUCUCUUCCCUCUGAUCAGGCAAAUUGAUGCAAAAAAUACCACCACAUUGACACAUUUUUGAGGGUCUAAAUUGCAAAGAUGGGUUUUCCAUUAGUGGGUUCUUUGGGUUCUCAUGUUCUAGUCAGGAAUUUGUAUGAAAAGAACAUAAAGCUUCAAUCUUUUGACGAAAAUGGAAGGUUUGGUGUUAAUUUCAGUCUCAGAUGUUCAAAGUCUAAGCCUUUCCCAAAAAGAAUUUCACUGUGCAAGAGUGAAUUAGUCGACUUUGAGGAGAGAACAAGCCCAAAUGAGAUCAGAAAAGAGAUAGAACGAUGCUAUGAACUCAUACACAGACUUGGAAGGGGGGUUGUCUAUCUGGGCUCUUCAAGAAUGGGACCAGAUCAUCCGCAUUACUUGCAAGCACUGGAGUUGAGUAGAGAGGUUGCAAAGCUUUUGGACUGUACCUCUUGGAUGGGGGCUGGUCCAGGCCUAAUGGAUGCUACAAUUAAAGGUGCACUGCAAGCAGGGAAGCCUGUUGGUGGAUUUAAGAUAGCAAAAGAAGCUGGUGAAUGGACAGCCUCAAAUUUUCAUCCUUAUCUACCAUCAGAAACUUAUCUUACAUGCAGGUUUUUUUCGGCAAGAAAACAUGGGUUGGUGGAUGCUGCAGUUAGGAAUACUAGGUCAGAUAGGACUGCUGUAGUUGCUCUCCCUGGUGGAAUUGGUACCCUUGAUGAGAUGUUUGAGAUUUUAGCUCUGAUUCAACUAGAAAGGAUUGGAUCAGCUCUUCCAGUCCCUUUUAUUGUGAUGAACUAUGACUCAUUCUACCAGAAGCUUUUAGACUUCAUUCAAAAUUGUGAGGACUGGGGUACUGUUUCCAAAGGAGAGGUUACGCCACUAUGGAAGAUAUGCAACAGUAACUCUGAAGCUUUGGCCUACUUGACAGAUUUUUACAAUCUCCAUUCUUCUAGUGACGAAUAUGGGCAUGGCAAGAUGCCUACAAGUGCUCAUUGAAUAAUUUCUUGUGAAGCUCUUUAAGUGUUUGAUUGUCACAUUUGUCUUUUAGUGCUUUCAGAAUUAUAUGUGCGAGUGGGACAAAACUGAUAAAUGUUGUACACCAUGAUUCAUUAUGGAAUUUAGAAAUGCAAGUCUUGGCAUUAAUUUGAAAAUGAAAUUUUUGUA